AUGGGUUGCUGCGCGUCCGUGCCGUCGCGUGAUGAUGAAUCCCAGGACGACCGGGAAAUCCAGGACAGUCGAUCGCAGGUUACACGGAAUACGGCCAGCGAUCCCCCAGCGCAUUCACAGACUGGUCGCCGCCGGGUAAGACCUCCAAACGUCGCCCUAAACGAACACUACAACGAGCCCGUCCGCCCACAUGUCUGGUACAGCAAGCGGCGCGCCUGGACCCGGGCCGACUUGGAUCGCGAGCGUCGCGAGUUCUUCGAGACGAGAGUGACCGGUCGCCAAGAGGUAUGGGCUGCGCUUUCAACGGCUAUCACGCUGAUGCGCGCGGGUGACCUCUCCACGGCGCAGAGUAUUGUCGAUGCUGCGGGCGUCACUGUCCCCACGGGUGAUUUCUGCGAGGGAUGCUACGAUGAACAAGGAGCACUGUAUCGCCUGCCACAGUGUAUCGUUAGUGACCCGGAAAAUAUGGUCCAGAACGCUACAUCAACGGGAGACCGGUCACGGGAUGAUAUCGGGCAGGAUGAUGAUACCGAGGCACUCUCGGAUGGCAAGCUUGCGACAGACGAUGCGUCGGGUGACGAGUUGAUAUCCGAGGACCUGGAACGGCGCCGCGAUGAGAAAGGCAAGACGAGUGAGCGAGACUUGAUUAGUGUCCAGGUCCGACUGAGUGAUCGCGGCGGGCCAGACCUUGUACUGUUGAUAGGCAAGAGCCAGAGUGUGGGCUUCCUGGCUCGCAAAAUACAUCAAGAAGGAGAGCUAUCCAAUCUCCAACGGGUUCGAAUUGCAUAUCUUGGCCACAUGCUCAAGGAGCAUCAAUCACUACCUGAUCAAGGAUGGCAAAGCAGCCAUCUUGUUAACGCCUUUGUUGUGGUCCGCCCUUCGUUCUAA